AUGGUUUCUUACACGCUUUCUGAAAAGGCGCAAGAGGAGAGCGAGGCGCAUGAGAUGAGCAUCCUCUACGGCUGCCAGGACGGACUUGUGGCGAUGCACAAGGCCGGACUGACGCUGUCUGCCGCCAUGGCACAGCUCAUUCAGGUUCCAGAGCAGUUGAGCAGCAAGGGAGCUGAAAGCGGAGGAGGAACAGAAGCAGGAGCUGGAGCAGCCGGUUCCAAUUCAGAGGAAAUGGACACAUCGUCUCGAUUUUCGACGUCCUCAAAUGAAAGUGACAUCAACGGCGACAAGAGCGGUGUCCUCAUCGCCAACAGUAGCAACCAUCCGUCAUUGGUCGGCAGCAACAACGAUGAUGACGACCAUCACUGUGACGCUCUGACGACCUCAAACUCGGCCAUCAUAGAUUUUACAGAAAAGUUUCAUCAUGGCGAGGCGGUAGAGGAGACCAAGGGAAACCCCAUUUUCCAGACGCUGACCAAUAUUGAGCAGAUGGAGCAGCACAGCAAACCAGCUAUUCUACCAGUUGUGAGCAAGGUGAACAAGCGCAAGUCAGCCGCUGCUAAACGAUGCGCAAACGCCGCCGAUCUGAACUCUUCUGAUAGCAUCAGUCCACAAAAAGGAAGCAAACGCAAAUCACCAACUGUGGAUCUGUUGCAGAAAAUUUUUCCAAAAAUCAAAGCUACAACACUGGAGCAAACACUGCACAAGUGUCAAAAUGAUGUACUGAAAACAAUCGAACAGCUAAUCAAAGAGGCGAAAGAGUGCGAACAGGCGGCAAACUCGUCAGAUUCGAAAAUGCUCAAAUGCCCAAGUGCGCCAGCAGUACAAAACGAGGUUGCAGUGAACAUUCCGCUUCAACUUCCACCACUGGAGCCAACUGCCGCUGCUGAUUUCAGUGAGAUUCGCAAGCAGUUUGGUUUCAGCAAGAACAAGAAGCCAAAGAACUCCUUUGUCCGUCACAAGGCCAACUACGAGAAUGCCUUGCGCGAGCAGGCGGCAAAGGUGGUCGUUGGAGCAGUUGAGCAUCAGCAGCAAAUGCAACAACAGCAACAACAUCGAAACUCCUCCUGCUUUGAUGUGGCGAACCAAAUAGACUUUACUUUUAAACAGGGAAACAACCACAACCAGCACUUUCACAGCCAUCAUCCCAGCCACCUAGGCGUCCAGUCUCCCUGCGCAGCAGUACCUCACCAGCAGUUGCUCUCGAUGUUUGGCAACCCUGCCUCGCCGCCAUCUGUCAACCCGAACGGUGGCACUCCUCUGCUGCAUCCUUCCUUUUCUCUUGCCACCGGAACUACCACAUCAUCGUCGCCCGUUUCCUCCUCCUCCUCACCGAACGUCUUUCCCCCACUACCAUCAGCAGUUCAAUGUCCCGUCUCUUUGGCAGUCUCCACGCCGAUCAACAGCAGCCCCAGCAUGAACAGCGCACAGCAACGCAUCAACUUUCUCAAUGCUCGCAACGCUGCCCUGAUGCACCUCAACCCGGCGGCGGCACAGUUUGGUGGACCACUAAACAACAGCAGCAGCAACAAAGUGGAACCUGACACCGGCAAGCUGUCAACUGGCAACAACCACAACAGCAACAACAGCAGCGGCAACACUUUUCUUCCUAAUUCGGUAGUGCCCUCUCUGCCGCAUCUGUCACAGAACCUCUUUCACUCGUUGAUGGCCAGCACCACCGGCUAUCGCAACCUCUUUCCCUUCUUUCCCGGUGUGGUAGGUGCUGCCGCAGCAGCAGGCGCUAUCCCCAAUCCUCUGGCGUCUUUAGGUCUUCUUGGUGCCGGACUGACUGGCAUGGCCAUGCAGUCCUCUGCAGGUCUCAACAGCAACAAUAGUUCGGCUGAUCAGCAGCAACAGCAGCAGCUUCUGCCUUCUGCGGGCAACACUGCCGCCGCCGCCUCUCUGCCCAACUUUGAGCAGAACUUUGAGGAUUUUAACCAGAAGCUGCUCAGUCAACGAAACCACCAGCUGCAGACGGCUCUGCACAAUAUUUGCGGUAAUGCUACUGAAAACGGAGGAAACACUUGGUAUGCCGGCGAUGCCCUAAUGCACAGCAACUCCAAUGGAAGUAGUCAGUCAAAGUCGUGCGACGAAAAGAGCGAUUCACUUUAA